UCGGAGGCUUUCAUUUUAGCUCACCGGUCUUUCCUCGAACUCCUCUUCUUCACCCACGCCAUGGCGGACCGACGCCUCGAAUGGGCGCCGGCCACCGCCGCACCCCUCCUCUUCCUCCUCCUGGUCGCCGCCGCUGCGUCGCCGGCGCCCGCGGGGCGCAGGGAGGUGGGGACGUCGCCGCACGGCGCCGUGGCCGCGGACGACGGGCGGUGCUCGAGGGCCGGCCGCGACGCGCUCCGCGACGGCGGCGGCGCCGUGGACGCGGCCGUGGCCGCCGCGCUGUGCCUCGGCGUGGUCAGCCCGGCCUCCAGCGGCGUCGGCGGCGGCGCCUUCAUGCUCGUCAGGCUCGCCGACGGCACGGCGGUCGUGUACGACUCCCGCGAGACCGCGCCUCUCGCCGCCUCCAAGGACAUGUACGGCGGCAACGCGACGCUGAAGGCCCGGGGCGCCCUCUCCAUAGCCGUCCCCGGGGAGAUCGCCGGCCUGUACGAGGCGUGGAGGCGCCACGGCAAGCUCCCGUGGAGGCGCCUCGUCCUGCCGGCGGCGCGGCUCGCGGCGGCGUUCCGGGUCUCGCCGUACCUGCGGAUGCAGAUGGAGGCGACCCGGGACGGCAUCCUGGCCAACGGGGGCGUCCGCGCCGUGUACGCCCCCGGCGGCGACAUCCUCCGCGCCGGCGAGGUGUGCCGCAACGCCCAGCUCGCCAAGACGCUGAGGGCCGUCGCGGAGCGCGGGCCGGAAGUGUUCUACGGCGGCGCGGUGGGCGAGCGGCUGGUGGCGGACGUGAGGGAGGCCGGGGGCAUCCUCACGGCGGAGGACCUCAGGAGGUACAAGGUCAAGGUGCGGCGGCCGCUGGCGGAGAACGUGAUGGGCCUUCAGGUGGUCACCAUGCCGCCGCCGUCCGCCGGUGGCGCCGGGAUGCUGCUUGUUCUGAACAUCCUUGCCCAGUACGGUCUCCCUGCUGGCUUUGCUGGCUCCCUUGGAAUCCAUCGCCUCAUCGAGUCCUUGAAGCACUACAUGGCGGUGAAGAUGAACCUCGGCGAUCCGGACUUUGUGAAUGUUAGUGAGGUUGUAUCUGACAUGAUGUCCCCGAAAUUUGCUGCUGAGCUGAAGAAGACCAUCUACGACAACAUGACCUUUGACCCCAAACAUUAUGGUGGAAGGUGGAACAUCCUUCAGGACCAUGGAACCAGCCACCUGUCCGUCGUCGACAGCGAGCGGAGCGCGGUCUCCAUGACGAGCACCGUCAACGCGUACUUCGGGUCCCUGAUCGUGUCCCCGAGCACCGGCGUUCUGCUCAACAACGAGAUGGACGAUUUCUCCAUGCCCACGAACACGACCCCCGGUUCCCCACCGCCGACUCCGGCCAACUUCGUCAGCCCUUUGAAACGCCCUCUCUCUUCCAUGACUCCGACCAUAGUUCUCAAGGAUGGGAAGCUGAAGGCUGCGGUUGGCGCCAGCGGCGGCGCCAAGAUCCCUGCUGCAACGAUCGAGGUGUUCCUCAACCAUUUCGUCAAUAACAUGGAUCCACUGGCUUCUGUCAUGGCGCCAAGAGUGUAUCACCAGCUGAUCCCGAACGUGGUCCAGUACGAGAACUGGACGACGGUGACCGGCGACCACUUCGAGGUCGACGCCGCGACGAGGGCCGACCUGCAGAGGAGAGGCCACGCCCUGACGCCGCUCGCCGGGGGCACCAUAAGCCAGCUCGUGGUGCACAACGUGGAGCGCCGCGGCGACCUCACCGCCGUGAGUGACCCCAGGAAAGGCGGCGUCCCGGCUGGUUACUGAAACAGCUUGGAUCGAUCGAUGCGCGGCUAAUUGGCCGCCGCUGCGUAUAUAUGUAUAUGUAUUGUGAUCAAUAGCCACACGGCAUUCUUGUAUUUGUUCAGGGCCUUACAGAAAGGCCCAAACCACGGAUGGACCAGGAUUUUAGUUCAAAUAUCCGGCCCAUUUGUGUAGAUGGAAUGGGCCAUGGGGAGAAGCUCAACAGUUGUCAAUAAGACAUACCCCUAAAAAAAAUUGUCAAUCAAUAAAGUUUGGUGCUUCCCCUAAAGAAA